CUCUCGAGCGUCCCUUUACGCCUUAACAACCCAUGAACUCAGUCUCCCAUCUCCCGUACCCACACGCAGAAUCUUCGCUGCAUAACCACCUCGCUCCCAUCGACGCCGAGUAUAGAAAGGUCAUGCUGUCCGCCAUGCAGGUCCUUGACCAGCCACCUCCGCCUAGCCUCAGAGAAAUUCUGGGUGCCUAUAAAGCUAAAGGCGACGGUGACCGAGACAUGCUCAUAGCUAUGUUAAACGCCAAAAGUGCAGAAGAUCAGAGGAUUGCGUCUGUUGCUGCAUUGCAUAAGACAGCCCUUGAGAUGUCCGUGCACGACAUUAAGCCUCAAUACCCGCCACACCCACCCUCAUCCCAUGCGAAUGGAGCAAGACAUCACCGUUACCCCAGUGACCUCAGCAGUGGUCGCGCGUCUCCCGGCCAUGUCCAAGAGCUUCCUUCAAUGACUGUCCAACCUCCACGCAAACGCCAACGAUCGUCACGUUCUCCUUCACGGCGUGACGUCCAGCCACCUCACACGUCUCUGCGUGAUCUACCGCCCUCACCCUAUUCCGCCCGCAGCAACUCUGAAGAAUACUCUCCACGUUCACGAGCAUCUAUGGCGAUUGGUUCUUUGCUGUCGACAGGCGGGAGCCGAGAGAAUGGGGAGGAAAGACAACCAACACCUCCAUCAGCGCCCCAGUAGGUGUGGUGCUAUGCCCACAUUUAUUUAUUCAUCUCAUUCGCUGUAUGUUUACUGUCAGUAUUACUCUCGCAUACCUGUCGCACUUCGUUGUACUCCUCUCCAUCCAUGGUAGCCCCACGCAUUUUAGUGUAGUAAUUCUCAUGGGUAACUGGCCCUAAACGCUUUCCGGAUAUUUUCAGCCACUAGUUCUUGGCGGUUACAAGAGUGCCAUCAAUAUUAUU